UUUCUCUGUUAAAACUCGAGUCUGCCAGAAAUAUCAUGAGGAAUAACUGGAAUAUUCUCAAGCAAUCAAUGUGACAGCCAACUGAACAACAGGGGUCCAUUCCUCCACUGGCUAACCCUGCUAGACCAGCACUCUAAAGGAGAACACAAUAGAGGAGAGACGAGGAGAGGGGGACAAGUUAACCCUGCUAGACCAGCACUCUAAAGGAGAACACAAUAGAGAAGAGACGAGGAGAGGGGGACUAGUUAACCCUGCUAGACCAGCCCUCUAAAGGAGAAGACAGGAGAAGAGAGAGGAUUAAAAGGGGACUAGUUAACUCCUGACACUGGUAGUUCCAUGUGUAGCCUGAGAAUGGCCCUGCUGUGUGUGGUUGUGGCCUUUGCCCUGACUCUGCUAGGCCCCUGCCCCAGUGUGUGUGCCCCUCAGGGGGGGGCGGAGCCAGACGAACAGCCCUAUGACCUGGAUGACUUUGAUAUGAAUGGAGAGACAGACUGGGAAAACUUGGACCUCAAUGGAGAAAACUAUGACUAUGAAGACCUAGACCAAGAGAUCGAGGUGGGGACGGUGGCCCCCCCUGCUCCUGAGACCCCUCCCCCGGCCAACAUGCCCCCUCCUGAGUAUGAGGAGGAGAUGACCCUGUCCCCCAGGCCGACCCCUCCCCUGGCUCCAGUAACUCUGGACUUCAAAGGACCAGGCCUGUUUGGACCCGACACUGGCCUGGGUAUGCCUACAUGUUUGCUGUGUGUGUGCAUCAGUGGAAGUGUGUAUUGUGAUGAUGCUAACCUGGAGCAGAUUCCUCCACUGCCUAAAGAUACCACACACUUCUACGGACGCUUCAACAGUAUCAGACACAUCAAGAACACUGACUUCAUCAACCUCAACAAGCUGAAGAGCAUCGACUUAACAGGGAACCAGAUCUCUGGGGUGGAUGAAGAUGCAUUCCGCCCCCUACCACAGCUCCAGGACAUCCUAUUGGCUGAUAACAACCUGCAGGCGUUGCCAGAGCUCCCACCCACCCUCAGAUACAUUGAUGUGCGCAACAACAGACUGAUCAGCAAUGGACUACAUACAGAUGGGUUUAAGGAGAUGAGCCUGCUCGAGUUCCUGUAUCUGUCUGAUAACAAUCUGGACUACAUCCCCGUCCCACUACCUGAGAGCCUCCGAGUACUACACCUGCAGAACAACAACAUCCAGAAUCUUCAUGUGGACACAUUCUGUAACAGCCACGACCGCAACUACAUGCGACGCUCCCUGGAGGACAUCAGGCUGGAUGGAAACCCUGUCAACAUCAACCUGUACGCCUCCUCCUACAUCUGCCUGCCUCGUCUGCCUAUCGGGAGCCACUGAGGGGGGCAUUGAGGGGACAUGGAUGGGGGCCAUGGAGGGGCUCUGCAGAGAGGGAGGCAGGGAUGGAUCUACAAAGAUGGUGGUAGGGAGGGAGGGUGAGGGAGGAAAGGGAAAGAGAAAAUGUUCAUUUUAUAAAGCAAAUCAAAGACAGAGAUGAGCGUGAGGGUUGGGGAAAGGAAGGAUGGAUGGAAAGGGGGAGUUGUUAAUUAUAUUCUGGUUCGCUAUCUCUUUAACAUUAGCUGCUAACUCAAUCCUGAGACAACUGUUAUGUCACACCAGUAAGAGGCUGUCCUGACUGAAUGAUUGAUUGGCAGAUGGCCAGAUAAAUGAGGGGUCGUUUGCUUGUACCUGACAGGUAUCAAUCAUGCUGAAAUCCAACCUGGGCAGAAGAAAACAGCUGCCACUGUAUCGACAGUCUGUAUGUCUGCCUGUCUGACUGCUACUUUUGCCUACUGAAACACGUGUGUCGCCUCACAAUGAGAUCGUCAUUCUUUAUUAUAGGUUGACCAUAAUAAAAACAACUGUGAUUCACUUAGUUUGUUUGUUAAUCAACGAUGUAAAUUCAUCAAUUAAAGUAUAAACACUGCUCCAUUA